CUUAUGGGUGUUCCCUCUCUCCUCUCUGGACGCGUUUCUCCAAGCCGUGCAGUCAGUGCCCACAUGCGACGUGGAGGUGGAGCCGUUGCCGCCCGUGGUGAAGCGAGCACUUGAAGAGACAGCGAAGCUGCCAGACGAUUCAGGUCGCUACUUUGACUUGCCUGCUGGUUUUCGGGAGCUUCUGAUGCCCUUCCAAGAGCAAGGCAUGCAGUUCGCUCUCUCGAGAGGCGGCCGGGUGUUGAUAGCAGACGAGAUGGGGCUGGGCAAGACCGUGCAGGCCAUAGGGUUGGCAGCAUGCUACAGGGACGAGUGGCCUGUGCUUGUCAUCGCCCCCUCCUCUCUGCGCCUGCACUGGGCUAUGAGCAUCAUGCGCUGGCUCAACCUGCCUCCUGAAGACAUCACAGUGGUGAUGCCUCAGGGCGGGGCCACUCGCAGCAUCAACGGGUUCAACUUCGUGCGCUGCACUCGCAACCAGCCCCUCUCUUUGCAAUCACCCUUCAACAUAGUGUCGUACGACCUACUUGAUCGCUUGGAGCAGCCAGAUGAGCCGUUUAAGGUGGUGAUAGCAGACGAGUCCCACUACCUCAAGAAUUACAAGGCCAAGCGCACAGGCCUAGCCGUGCCACGACUGCAGAGGGCCAACAGGGCCAUUCUUCUCACGGGCACGCCUGCCCUCUCACGCCCCAUUGAUCUCUUCAAGCAGCUGGAGGCCCUUCAGCCGCGUGCCUAUCGCAAGCUGGGGGAGUAUGGCAGGAGGUACUGCCAAGGGGGGAGAUUCGGAGAGUUCACAGGCUCUAGCAAUCUGGAGGAGUUGCAUGCGGUGCUGAGCGGUACGGUCAUGAUCCGGCGGCUCAAGAAGCAAGUGCUGCCGCAGCUGCCAGCCAAGCGACGACAGCAG